GAUAUUUUUGUCAAAGCACCAAAAAACCCCGCUCCAGCUAGGGUUUCUUUCAUAUUUAAACUUCUUUCUUCUUCUCCAUCCCUAUCUCACCGCAGUUUCCCGUAGCACCUCGUACCACCUGCCCCUCCACAUUAGAACAAAAGCGCACACACAAAUCUCAGAAAACAGAAAUGGAGAAUUCUGUGGAAGUUUCCGGUCAAGAGCCACUAGACAGAGUUCACAGUGAAGUAUUGCUUUUCAAUCGCUGGAGAUACGACGAAGUUCAGAUCAGUGACAUUUCUGUUGAGGAUUACAUCACUGCAACUGCUGCCAAGCAUCCGACCUUCAUGCCCCACACUGCUGGGAGGUACCAAGCCAAGCGGUUUAGGAAGGCCCAGUGCCCAAUUGUUGAGAGACUAACCAAUUCAUUGAUGAUGCAUGGGCGUAACAAUGGAAAGAAACUGAUGGCUGUCCGUAUUAUUAAGCAUGCAAUGGAAAUUAUCCACUUGCUAACAGACCAGAACCCAAUUCAAGUUAUUGUUGAUGCUGUGAUCAACAGUGGACCAAGAGAAGAUGCAACCAGAAUUGGUUCUGCUGGUGUUGUGAGACGUCAAGCUGUUGAUAUAUCACCUCUUCGCCGUGUCAAUCAAGCCGUAUAUCUUCUUACAACUGGUGCUAGGGAGAGUGCUUUCAGAAAUAUCAAAACCAUAGCUGAAUGCCUUGCUGAUGAACUCAUCAAUGCUGCUAAAGGGUCUUCUAACAGCUAUGCUAUCAAGAAAAAAGACGAGAUUGAGAGAGUGGCCAAGGCCAAUCGUUGAGAGAGGUUUAUUAGUGUUUCAAGGGUUAAUUUUAAAGACCUUAUUUCAAAACAAGUUUCUUCAGUAAAGCCAUGUAAUAUGAUGAUUGUUACUUUGUUUCCGUGUUGUUUAAACCAAACUUUGUUUGAGGAAUGGAUAUUUAGGCGAAUUGUUUUUGCUGUGACAUCAGUUUUUGGUUAACAUUUUGAGUUUAUUGUGCU